AUGGCGAAUUACGAAAUUGUUGACUUCAACUCUUUGAGUGAAACUGUGCAAAAUCUAUUGAGAACGGCAGCGGAAGUGAGAGAGAAAGCAUAUUGUCCGUAUUCGAACUUCAAAGUCGGAUGUGCUUUACUGACAGAAGAAGGAAAUAAAGUGUUUACAGGAUGUAACAUAGAGAACUCGACGCUGUCACCGACCAUGUGUGCUGAGAGAACAGCUAUUGGGAAGUCAGUGUGUGACGGAUAUAUCAAGUUUAAGAUAGUCGCGGUAGUGGCCCACCAAGAGAACUUCACGGCUCCGUGUGGGGUGUGCAGGCAGACGCUCAGCGAAUUCCGCGGCUCCGACGGAGACAUGGAGGUAUACCUCGGCAAGCCCUGCCACGACAAAGUACUCCGCACCAAACUAUCCAACAUCUUACCUCUGGCAUACGUCAGCUACAAGAAAGAUAGCAUAUUAUCAUAA